UAUACUUCAAUUUUUAAAAGUCCAUGAAGAUAGAAAAAAUAUACUUAAAGCUUAAUAAAUGUGAUAAUUACAUAUAAAAGCAUCAUCUGAAAUACAGUAAAAUGGGAACCUAAUUGCCUAUAUAAUAUAUAUAUAUGUUAUUUUUCAGAAUCUUUUCCCUUAUAGGUUACUAUAAAAUGUUGAGUAUUAUUCUCUGUGCUAUACAGUAGGUCCUUGUUGGUUAAAUAUUUUAUAUGUAGUAGUAUUUUAUAUGUACUGAACAUUAACUCUAACCAGUCAGAGGUCUGAACAUUUAAGAGUUUCCUUAAUCUAUUACCAAGUUAUUUUCCAAUGACUCAACCAGCUAAUACUUUGGCCACAAAGGCAAUUAGGUUCCCAUUUUACUGUAUUUCAGACAACGCUUUUAAACCUUGUUAUUUUGGUAAGCAAAAUAAAUAUGCCUUCCUCACCACUUCAAACUAUGUUUCUCUGAUUAUCAAUGAAGUCAAACAUUUUAAUUUGUUUAAAAAAUUGAAUUAUUUUUGAGAUUUUUCUGUUCCUGUUCUUUAUUUUUCAGGGAUAUUCUUACUGAUUGUAGAAGUUCUUUAUAGAACAAAACUAUAGAAAUUAUGUCAUAUUAACUGUGAUAUUUGAUGUUACUCAUGAUGUUUUUGACAGAGUUAUAAAUUGAAUUUAUCAAAUUUUAACUCUCAGGAAUGCUUCAGUUUCUUUUGAUAGCAUUUAAAUUUCUUUAGAUUUCUUUAUGCACAUGCAGAUAUAGGCACUUUUAUAUUGCAUGCAUAAAGGAUAUAAAUACCAUGAUAAUAGUCUUGAAAUUUUUUACAGUAGAAAAAUACGUAACAUAAAAUGUAUCAUUCUAACUAUAUUUAAGUAUAUACAGUACACUGGCACUAGGUAAAUUUAUAUUGUUGUAUAACCAACACUACCCAACUCCAGGAACUUUUCAUCUUCCCAAACUGAAAUUCUGUACCCAUUAAAUAAUACUCUCCAUUCCUUCCUUCCUGGACAACCACAUUUUACUUUCUAUCUGUAUGAGUUUGACUACUUUAAUAUGUUAAGUGGAAUAACAAUAUUUGUCCUUCUGUGUCUAUUUUAUUUCACUUAGCACAUCAUUGUUUCAUCCAUAUUUUAACAUGUGUGAGAAUUUUAUUCCCCUUUUAAGGAUGAUUAAUAUUCCAUCAAAAUGUCUAUACCACAUUUUGAUCAUUCAUCCAUCCAUCAGAGGAAAGUUGAGUUGCUUCCACUUCUAGCUAUCUUGAAUAAUGCUUCUAUGUACAUGGGUGCACAAAAAUAGUCUUUCAAACAACACUGUUAAUCUGUACAGACACAGUCAUUGAAAUUACUUGGGAAUACUUACACAAAUUGCUGACACCUAUCAGCACACAGAUAAGCCUUCUGCACUGAAUGUUCCUUUCAAGACCUCAAAAGCCAUCUUUAUGCAUCUUAUCAAAUGUUUGUCUUGACAAUACGCUGGGAAAAUGUUAAAUAACUAGCUUAAAGGUAAGAGCUCCUGGAGAUUGAUGCUCCCCUAGAAAUGGGUAUGCAACAAAAUCCAUGUGACUUGUGAAAGCAUUAUGGGAGAUGCUCCUUGUCCUUUUGGGCCAGGGAGAGCUCAGAGUUGAAUUGGAUGUAUUAUAAAUUAGUACCUCACUUCUCUACGAUUCUUGUCUCAACAGAGAAGUCAGGAAUGGCUAAAGGAAAUCAGACCAUAAACAAUGAGUUUAUCCUUGUGGGAUUUACUGAUCACCCAGAGCUGAAGACCCUUCUGUUUGUGGUAUUCUUUGCCAUCUAUCUGAUCACCAUGGUGGGGAACCUUGGCCUGAUGAUAAUAAUUGCAAAAGAGCAUCGUCUGCACACUCCAAUGUACAUAUUUCUAGGCAACCUUGCUCUUGUGGAUUCUUGCUGUGCCUCUGCCAUUACUCCUAACAUGUUAGGGAACUUGUUUUCUGAAAACAGAAUGGUUUCCCUCUAUGAAUGCAUGGCACAAUUUUAUUUUAUUUGCACUGUUGAGACAGCAGACUGCUUUCUUCUGGCAGCAAUGGCCUAUGAUCGCUAUGUGGCCAUCUGCAACCCACUGCAGUACCACACCAUGAUGUCAAAGAAACUCUGUGUUCAGAUGACCACAGCAGCCCACAUAGCUGGAAACCUGCAUUCCAUGAUUCAUGUCGGGCUUCUAUUUAGGUUAACUUUCUGUGGCUCUAAUCACAUCAACCACCUUUACUGUGAUAUUCUUCCUUUGUACAGGCUCUCUUGUGUUGACCCUUAUGUCAAUGAACUGGUACUACUUAUCUUUGCAGGCUCAAUUCAAGUCUCUACAAUAGGUAGUGUCUUAAUAUCUUAUCUCUAUAUUCUCUUUACUAUUUUCAGAAUGAAAUCCAAAGAGGGAAGGAUCAAAGCCUUUUCCACCUGUGCAUCCCACUUUCUGUCAGUCUCAUUAUUCUAUGGAUCUCUUAUUUUCAUGUAUAUUAGACCAAAUUUGCUUGAAGAAGGGGAUAAAGAUAUAGCAGCUGCUAUUUUGUUUACAGAAGUAGUUCCUUUACUAAAUCCUUUUAUUUAUAGCCUAAGAAAUAAGGAAGUAAUAACUGUCUUAGGAAAAAUUCUGAAGGAAAAAAAAUCGCAAAAACUUUGAAACAAAUGAUAUUUACUUCAGCUUAAUGAUUUAAAUUCAGAAAAAAUUUCCAAGUGAAAUUACACAGAGAAAAUGUACAAACUACAUACAUACAUGUAAAAUAUUAAAAUGCAUCAUAAUGCCAUUAAUUUAGGCAGCAAUUUGUAAGGGAGAAAAUAUACAGGAAGAUGUAAACUGUAUCAAAUCAUGAUUCAAAAUGACAAAAAUCAAAAUCAAAUUUUGAAUUAAUUCAAGAAACAACACAGUGUGUUGCCAAGAUCAUGGAUUGCGUCAUCAUCAGGGAUUAUCAGCCCUCAAUAGAAAAGCAAAAAUUGUAUCUCAAUAAAACUGAAAAAAAAGUUUUUAAAUUGUCAGACUGACAUCUACAAGUCUGUUCUCUGUGUCAGUGAGUCUGUUUCUAUUUUGUUGAUAGCUAUACUUUAAUUUUUAAAAAGGGUAGGGAAGGAAAAAAAUAAAAAGGAAGAAAUGAAAUAAAGAAAGAGAGGGAGAGAGGGAGAGAGGGAGGGAUGGAAGGAAGGAAGGAAGGAAGGAAGGAAGGAAGGAAAAAAGAAACUAUUCAGAAGGCUAAUAUCCGUGGCAUCUGAUUAGGGUAUAAUGCUAAGUGUGAAUGUACAUUCUAUUGGGGCAAUAGAUAGAAUGUACAAACACAGACUCAAUUUCAGAAAGUUGGAUAUAAUGGAAUAAACCUAAUGAGUUGUCACUUGAGAAAGUCAGGGAUUUUGUGUUUGACAAUAAAGCUGCAGAAAUAGAAUGGAAAAAUGAUCAGGCUGAGAAAAAAAGGAAGAAAAAUAACAAAUUAGUUGUUACAAAUAGAAAGGAUAACUCUAUUAAACAUUAAGAGCCAGCCCACAUUAACAGCUUGGAGCAUGAGUGCUUCAGUUAAGCUAAAAGGGUUUAAGAGUAUGUGAACCUUCAACCAAUGAAAUCACUUACAACCAUGAGUGUCAGAGUUGCAGCAAGUGAAUUUUGAGGAAUCGGUUCCAAUAGCAUUUUGAGGGACAUUGUAGUUAAAAGAGAUGUAGUGAGGAAGUAAAGGUGCAAAGUAAAAGUGAAUAUUGUAUUUCCAAGUUGAAGUUCUUAUGCUGUUGAAUAAUUCAAGAUGGAAUGCCAAUUUUCAAGAGUAGUCAUCUUAAUAUUUAUUUAUUCCCAGAUGUACAAGCAUAAAGAUGCCAUAACAUGAAGUUCCAGACAAGCAGUCAAACCUCAUUUGGGGUCUGAAAUGAUUAUUGUCAGUGAGCUAAGCUAGACUUCUCUAGCCAGCGUCCUGAGAGGUGAGGAAGAGGCUCAGCAAUGGGGAUACUAUCAGAUUAUAUGCAGACAUGAUGAAAGUUAUGCUUGUUGAACAGUGGAUAGAGCUUAUCUAAAAUAUUUUUUUCUUCUCAUUAUUGCAAAACCUGAAGUUGUGGAAUGCAGGUAGAACUACAUGAUCUUAAUGUGACAUAAUGAAAGGAUGACUGUCCAGUUAUUUAUUCAACAUAGAUCUAUUGAGAGCCUGCCUUAUGGAAGCACUGCUCUACCUACUGGGAUAUAUCAGUUAUCAAAACACCAGGUUUCCCAUCUUCAUAGAAAAUGGAAUAUUGCCAUGAUUUGAAUGACUAACUUCUUAUCCAAAAAGGAUCUUAUCAAGUAAAACAAAAUUUCCCCCUUCCACCACUUCUUCUGAUGCUCUGAGAUCACAUCUAAAUUCCUAGAAGGCAACUGUCAGUUUGCAGCUAUGAUCCAGCCUCAACAUCUAUCGAAAGCUGAAUUUACAUGGAAAAUCAGUAUGUUGAGCAUAUUCAGAAAAGCAGUAGGAAUGCAGGUGUGGUAACUCCAAUGCCCUAACUCAUGAAUACAAAAUUGUAACUACUUAGUUUCUAUAUGUAAGCUCCAUACAAUCUAACCUAGCUCGUCCCAUAUAAUCAGACAUUUCAUGAUUUACAAUCGAGAUAUUUCAAGAUUUCCUUGGUUGUUCCAAAUUGAAACCCCAUCAGUUUAGGUUUCGCCCACUCCCACUCUA